AUGCAUUUAAAAGUUAAAUAUGUUGAAGAUAUAUGGGAUCACGAUCCCGGUGUUGAUCUUGCCGAUGUUACACUGCAGCUAGGAGAGUUAGACAUAACGAAAACUGAAAUAUUUGAGCUGAACACAGAUGUGGACCUAAAGCGGAAUGCUGGCACCGAAAAUGAUAGUGCGGUGAACUCUCAAAAUACGCCAACUAACGAAUCAGCCGACUCAAAACUAAUCCCAAAAAUGAAUACAUUUCCUAGAACGCAAAAAUAUUUACAUGAUGAGUUUAUUCUGAACCAACGAAAGAGACGCUUCUUUCACAAUUACAGCUUCAACUUCCAAAAACAUAAGCAGCUGAAAGAAAAAAUUUCCGCAGCCAUCGAGCGGAAAAACAUAUUUUCCAUUGUCGGUUCAUUUCCGGCUCUACGAAAAGCACUGAAAAAUCGAAAUUGGUUAGAGAAGCAAACCUACAAAAGUGCGCUAGCCCAAGACCUUUCGAUGCACUCGUUACUGCACAAAGCGCAAGAGGGAAAUGAAUUUGAAGAAGCUUUAAUAUCCAAGAUUCUCCGACCGCACAAUGCCGAUUUUAUCUGGCAAAACCGCCACAUUAAAGAAUCCAAAAAAGACCGCUUCUACACCCCAUACCGAAGCAGAAUUUAUUAUGAUCGAGGGUCCGAUUUCACCAUGAAAGAAGGGUUGGUGAAGGUAGUCGAAACCAUCCAAUGGUAUCAAGAGGAAGCCAUUGCUGAGAUGGACUGCCCACGGACGCAUUUACUAGACAGUGAGGAUGCGAUCACCAGAUUUCUGGAAGACUUUCAACUAACGGCUUGUACCAGUUUUCUGUACCAUUUGUCCAAAUAUUUGGACUCAUUGUUCGAAGAAGACGGUAUUAUGACCGUAGAAAUCAUUCAUACCGCAAUGAAGUUUUUCAAGUAUCAUCUGGCAUGCGUGCGCCACGAAGAUAUAGAUUUCCAGGAGUACUGUGAGCCCCUACUAACGCCGGAGGACCGAAGCACGAUAUCGCAAAUCCUUUACGGCGGAGCGCGAUUCAAAAUGCUUCCGGGGUACGAGAUUCUGUCGCUGGUUGCACAGGUGAAAAAGUUAGUGCUGGAAGCGAGCAAACAUUUUCCGGACAUGAAAAUCGACGGAGUGCGAAACGUUUGGAUACUGAAGCCUGGCAAUCGGUGCCGAGGACAGGGGAUAAUGAUAUUCAGUGACGAUCGCAAGCUGCUGGACUACGUCGACAGCAACUCGGAUAUGAAGUACAUCGCACAAAAAUAUAUCGAAAAGCCACUUCUGAUCCACAACACCAAAUUCGAUAUCCGACAGUAUUUCCUGAUUACCUUCACCGGUAAUCAGCUUAAGGUAUGGAUGUAUCGAGACUGUUACCUUCGCUUCAGUUCGCAUGAGUUUAGCUUGGACGAUUUCAACGAGGCCAUCCAUUUGACAAACUACUCAAUUCAGAAAUACUAUGCUGGAGUAACACCACGUAAAUCGGACUGCCCUUUGCCGGCCUGUAACAUGUGGUCUAGUAAGCAAUUUGAACAAUAUCUGCAAUCACUGGAUAAGGGUUACUAUUGGGAGCGUAAGAUCUAUCCGGAUAUGAAGAAGAACGUCUUGGCGAUUGUAUCCGCUAGUUUAGACGGUAUGAAGAUGGAAAGAAAUAUGUUCGAGCUGUACGGAGCUGACUUCAUGGUUACGGAAAAUUUCCGAACAAUGCUAAUAGAGAUCAACUCUAGUCCAGACUUGAGACCAUCCACAGAAGUUACCGAAGUUAUUUGUCCAGCUGUUUUGGAAGAUCUUGUGAAGGUUGUGAUCGAUAACACCAAUGACAAACGCGCGGGUACCGGAUUAUUCGAAUGUAUCUUUUGCAUCGAGAUUCCCCGUUUGGCCCCGUACGGAUAUGGAAUGAUGGUGGAGGGCAGAUCACUGGGUCCGAAAAUAAGAUGCCGCAGCCCAUUGGGACCUACAGGACCACCAAUGUAUUCUUUGAACCGAAGUCGAACAACCAGGACAGCAGCUUCGGCCACGUUGACGGGUUCCACAUCACCAGCAUCGAAGCGUUCGAGUGCCAGCAGCACGACGUCGGAGGCACCACACUGA